AUGCGUCGCGCCGACGUGCUCGCGUGCCAGAUCCAGAGCUGGUACCCCAAAUUCCGCUCCGUCUCGCUCCGCACGGAGAUCAUCCCUCUCCCGCCCGAAUUUAUCGACUAUCUUCUUUCUGACGGAAUCUUCCUCCCAGCUUCGUGUAAGGCGUUGCCCACGCGCACACGAGUGGGUGAGUGGGAGGCACAUUGCGAUGACUAUGAGGGGAUGAAGGAGGAGGACGAUGAAGCAGACGAGCCGGACGUGCCUUCCUUCCCUGCACUUGAGGCUGCUGUUGACGCCGCUAUUGCGCGGCUGGGAGGAUCCGUGCUGCCAAAACUCAACUGGAGCUGCCCUAAGGACGUGGGAUGGCUGAGUGCGACGGGCACACCCAAGUGCAGCAACGCUCAGGAGGUCUUUCUGCUGCUCAAGGCCUCCGACUCCCUCACCUACGACCUCUGCCAUGCUUUUGACAGUUGUGUUGACACUUCUGCGACUGGAGAUUCCCCAGAAGCGGAAGCACCUGCCGAUGGUUGCGAGCCUUCCAGCGACAGGAGCAAUGGUGGAGCACGUGUGGCGGCUCCAGAAGCAGAUGGAAAGCAGCAGGAGCAUAGCAAUGCUGGCAGAAUGAAUGGCGAUGCUGAGCCACGGCAAGAGCCGCAGGUGGAAGAGGUGCAGCAGCAUGAGUGCGGGCGGCAGAGCCGUCCGUCCGAGUUUGUGCUUGCCUUGCGCAAGUGGUUUGACCUCCGGCCAGAAAUGGAGUUCCGCUGCUUUGUCAAGGCUCAUCGACUCAUGGGAAUUAGUCAGAGAGAGAUCACAUCCUUCUACCCAUUUCUAGUCGAUUCUCAUGAAAAUAUCAAGCUCCAGAUAUGUGACUUCUAUGACAACCGCAUUCGUGGAAAUUUUCCUUCUACUGACUACACUUUUGACGUCUACAUCACUCGUGAUGGCCGUUUGAAACUGGUUGAUUUCAACACGUAUGGUGGAGCCACACUACCUCUUCUUUUCUCCUGGGAAGAGAUAGAUGUCGAGAUGCGGAUCGUGGAGUCGCGGAGUGGUGUUCAGUUGGGGUUGAGAGCUGCUAGUGGCGCCCCGUUUGAUCUCCAUGAUAGAUCAGAGGGCAGCGCCUUUGAAGAGCUUAUGGAGAAGCUCAAGGUGGAGUGCACAGCCGAUCGGGAUGGCAGUAGUGAUGAUGAGGAUGCUGGUUAG